AUGACCAUCCUCACGGGUCGCCCGCUCAACUGGGCCAUCACGGCCACUGCAGGAUCAGGUUUUCUUCUCUUCGGCUACGACCAAGGCGUAAUGUCUGGCUUGCUUACGGGCUACGCUUUCACGAGGACGUUUCCUGAGAUCGAUACGACCAACGGUGGUGGCGGCAGCUCGUCCCUGCAGGGUACGGUGGUCGCUAUCUACGAGAUUGGGUGUUUCUUUGGCGCCAUCUUCUGUCUGGUGUUUGGCGAGAAGCUCGGGCGCCGCAAGUGCAUCAUGCUGGGCUGUCUUGUGCUCAGUAUCGGAGCUGCGCUGCAAGCUGCUUCGUUCGGGAUCCCGCAGAUGAUUGUUGGUCGCAUCGUCGCGGGGUUGGGGAACGGAAUGAAUACGAGUACUAUUCCGGUCUGGCACUCCGAGUUGAUGAAGGCGGAUAACCGAGGCAAGGGUCUCGCCAUCGAGCUGGCGAUCAACAUCUUCGGUGUCGCGCUGAGUUACUGGGUCGACUACGGCAUGAGCUACGUCUCCAACGACUCGCAGUUCCGUUUCCCUCUCGCCCUGCAGAUUCUCUUUGCCGUCGUCACCUUUUUUGGCGUCCUGGUCCUCCCCGAGUCUCCCCGAUGGCUCAUCGCUCACGACCGUCACGACGAGGCCCGCCACAUCCUCUGGGCUGUCGAGAAGGAUGCCCGCUCCAUCAACGAGAACGACCCGAAGCUGCAGCGCAACCUGGCCGAGAUCCAAGCUGCUAUCCGCGAGGAGCGUGAAGCUGCUAAUACCUCAUCUUUCAAGGCGAUGUUUAAGAACGGGGAGCAAAAGUUCUUUUAUAGGACUAUGCUGGGUAUUGGUGGCCAAUUUAUGCAACAAUUGAGCGGUAUCAACCUCAUUACUUACUACGCCCCGGUUAUCUUCCAGCAAUCCGUCGGCAUGUCACACAACCUCUCGCUGCUGCUCGCUGGUUUCAAUGGCAUUGCAUACUUCUUUUCGUCCCUGAUUCCAAUUUGGAUCAUCGAUCGCCUCGGCCGUCGCAAGCUCAUGCUCUUUGCCGCCGCGGGGCAGUGCGCCUGCAUGGCCGUCCUCGCAGGCACAGUCUCCAACGGAAGCGUCCCCGCCGGAAUCGUCGCUAUCGUCAUGCUCUUCCUCUUCAACUUCUUCUUCGCCGUCGGCCUCCUCGCAAUUCCCUGGCUCCUGCCCGCAGAAUAUGCCCCGCUGGCCAUCCGCACUCGCGCGGCCGCCCUCGCCACCGCAUCCAACUGGAUCUUCACCUUCUUGGUCGUGGAGAUCACGCCCGUCAGCAUCAGCAGCAUCGGGUACAGGACGUACAUCUACUUCUGCAUCUUCAACUUCUUCUUCAUCCCGCUCAUCUGGUUCUUCUACCCCGAGACGCAGAACCUCAGCCUCGAGCAGAUCGACCGCCUGUUCACGGGCGGAAAGGUGCAGCUGCACUGGAAGGCGAGCAUGGGCACCCCCGGCGACCUCGCUCAUCCUGUCAACGAGAAGGAUUCCGAGUCCGGCUCGGGAGAGGUCCUCCGCGUGGAGAACAAGGAGUUGGUUCACUAG